AAGCCAAAGAGAAGGAAAAAUAUAGGCUUAUAAAAUUAAGUUAGGUAGCCCCAAAACAUAGAAUAUUUUCAGCAUUGGAAAUUCAAUUUCCCAAUAAUUCUUAUGUUUUCACCAAAAGAUUAUUGAUGAUUCUUCAUUCUUAAGUUCUUAUAACACGAAAAUAAUGAUAAAAAAUAAUGACCUAGGACAAUAAAAUCAUGGGUGUUGUUUGUUAUGUGCACUUAAGUGAGUGAGGACAGUUCAAUUUAACUUAAUUUUUUUCUUUUUAUAGAAUAAUUAUUAUAUUUAAAAAGAAAGAAAAGUCAUUUAAUAUAGAAUUCAAUAAUUAAUUCCACGUGUCAGUUAUCCACCAAGUAGCUUUUUGUGUGUCAGAAAAAGCUUUCAGCUUCAGAGCAAUAUAAUGUUCAUAACUUCAUCUCUCUUCUUAGAUUCCAAACCCCAAAACUGAUGUGAAAGAAACUUCUUCCCCCAUAGGCUCUCUGAUCUAAACCUCAUUUUUCCACAAACCCAUUUCCCAAAACUUUCUUCUCUCUCAAAACACACCGUCUUUGGUCGCCGGUUAGUUGACUCACCUCAUCAUGGAUGUUGACUUCUGGGCUUCAAGGGUUCACUCUGCUAAACACUUGUCUGCUCGCCUUCACUCUGAUCGGAGCUUUGCCUUGGAUGCUACUGAUGAAGAUGAAGAUGUAAAGCCUUGUUUCCCAUGCCCUUUCUGUUAUGUGGAUAUUGAAGUUACUUCACUCUGCAUCCACUUGCAGGAAGAACAUUGCUUUGACUUGAAAAAUGCAGUUUGUCCUCUAUGUGCAGCUAAUCUUGGGAAAGAUGUAACUGGACAUUUUAUGGUGCAACAUGCCAGCUCCUUGAAGCAUAGAAGAAAACCUCAUAAAUCUGGCUUUUGGACUGGUAGUGCAGCAAUGCUCGGAAAGGAGCUGCGUAAACGGGGAAAGGAAGACUUGUAUGAAUCUGCUCCUGAUCCAUUGCUUUCACCGUUUAUUUGCAGCCUAUCAUUUCCAGAGCCUAAACUUGUCCACCAAGAUGAAUGUUUAAGCUCUGAUGCACCUGUGAUUACCGACGACAAAAGCACCGAGGCAUCAUUUUGCGAAAAAGAUAACGAAGAAAAGAGGAAAAGAGCAGCAUUUGUGCAACAGUUGAUAGCAUCAACCAUCUUCUUGGAUCAGUAAAUUUCACAGUGCAGAAGGUUGCUUCACUCAUCAGCCGCAGAUUAGUAUCAAUGAUGGAUAUGCAGGGAUUUAGAGAAGAGUCACCAAUAGAUUCCACACUAGGUACUUUAGAAGAGUUAAUCUCUGAAUGGCGAAUAAUAUGACUUGUAGUAAGGGGUAAUUUGUAUUUGCCCCAUAUAAAUAUUGUAUGUAUGUAUAUCUACAACAAUUCAGUAGCCUGUAUCAAGGCCUACUUAUUAUAAUCACCAGAAUGAGAAAAUCACCUAUUUUAAGGUUAGCUGUGAAUCUUUCUUAAAUAUUAGACAUAUAAUUCUUCUUUGUUUCUUCUUGUUUGAUGGGGUUGUUGCUUUGGUCUAUUAAAUUGUGGUGAACUGCAUAUGAGACCUCUUCCCCAUUUUUAACGUUUGCCAAGUUCACAAGUCACUACUACAAAAGUAAUAAUUUAAAAUAACGACCUCUUUCGUUGAUCUAAAAGACUGUAAAGUGUAAAGUUCAUGGUAGUAAAUGAUCAAUUGAUCAAGAUUUUGAAAUGUCCAAUGUAAUGAAAACCUUAAUUUAAUACUUCUCUAACCAAGUUCCAAGAAAAUAGUGCUUUUGAAAUGUUGCAGUUACCUUAAGACAUAUAAUAUUAAAAAAGCUCAAUAUUAUCAUGUUAUUAAACACAACUUUGGUAAAUCACCAGAUGCAAACACUGCUUCCACAAAAUAUAACAGCCAUUAUGACAUGAAGAGGAGAAAUCUAUUGCAGUUAUAGUUCAAAAAACCAUCUCAAUUUCUUUUUCACAAUUAAAAAGUUGAACAGAUUCGGCUUUGGCAGCCUAGGUGAAAGAAGAUAUUAAAGCCAAACUUUUGUUGAAUUAUAUCAAUUAUCACCAAAGACAUCAUCCAGCUAGACUAAACAACAAUAAAAGGGAGAAAAGGGAAACAAGCCUACAAAAUAUAUGACAUUGAAUAAAAGGAAAGGAUAUUGAGUUAAGUCCCAAAACUAAACAAGAAUUAAGCUGAUAACAUAAAAGUUUUUGACACCACUCAAAAUGGUGAGAAUGACAAAGUUUGCUAACAGGCUCCAAAAGUAAAGUUCCUCUUUUUUACUCAAUUAUGGAUUGAAUAACACCAGCUCCGACUGUUUUCCCUCCUUCUCUAAUGGCAAACCUCAUUCCCUGCUCACAAGCCACUGGAACAAUGAGUUCGACAACCAUCUUGACACGGUCGCCAGGCAUAACCAUCUUAGACUCUUCAUCCUUAUCAUUCAUAAUGGUGAGCACUUUACCAGUGACAUCAGUAGUCCUCAUGUAAAACUGAGGCCUGUAACCUGCGAAAAAGGGCGAAUGCCGGCCACCCUCUUCCUUCUUCAACACAUACACAAUUGCCUCAAACUUGGUAUGUGGGGUAAUGGUACCAGGCUUAGACAAAACCAUCCCUCUCUGUAUAUCAGCCUUCUGAAUACCUCUAAGCAACAAUCCCACAUUAUCACCAGCCAUAGCAUCAUCAAGGAUUUUCUGAAACAUUUCAACCCCAGUAACUGUAGUGGUUCUGGUGUCCCUUAGACCAACAAUUUCGACUGUAUCGGUAACCUUAAUGGUACCCCUUUCAAUACGGCCAGUGGCCACAGUACCACGACCUGUAAUUGAAAACACAUCUUCUAUGGCAAGUAAAAAUGGGAGAUCAGUUUGGCGUUGUGGGAUUGGAAUGUAAUCAUCAACAGAGUCCAUAAGCUCAUAAAUUUUAUCAACCCAUUGGUUCUCUCCUCGUUUAAUGCUGGGAUUAGCCAUUAAAGCCUCUAAAGCUAAUAAAGCAGAACCAGAAAUAAUAGGCACAUCAUCACCAGGAAACUCAUACGAAGAAAGUAACUCACGAACCUCUAAUUCCACAAGCUGCAAAAGCUCCUCAUCAUCAACUUGGUCCUGUUUAUUCAAGAAAACCACCAUGUUAGGCACACCCACUUGCUUAGCCAACAAAAUGUGCUCCUUGGUCUGAGGCAUUGGGCCAUCGGCACCUGAAACGACGAGGAUAGCUCCGUCCAUCUGGGCAGCACCAGUAAUCAUGUUCUUCACAUAGUCAGCGUGACCAGGGCAGUCGACAUGGGCGUAAUGCCUGUUUUCGGUCUCGUACUCGACGGUGGCGGUAUUGAUGGUGAUACCACGAGCACGCUCCUCUGGGGCUGCGUCAAUUUCGUCGUACUUCUUUGGGGCGCCUCCUCCGGUGGAAGCCAAAGCCAUAGUCAGAGCAGCAGUGAGAGUGGUCUUGCCGUGGUCGACGUGGCCUAUUGUGCCGAUAUUGACAUGGGGUUUCUUCCUCUCGAAUUUCCCACGAGCAGCUCGGAUUGUGAAUGACCGGGAUUGGCGAGUGGGGGCAGUUGAGGUAACUGGUGUGAGGUGGAGAAUGGUGGAUGGGUUUAUGAACGAAGAAGAGAGAUGGGUCAGUUUCGAUGUGGGUCUAGAGGCUAAAAUGGCAGUGCUUGAAGGAUAAGAAGAAGAAGAUGAAGAAGAAGAAGGAGAAGAUGAAGAUGCAUAUGGGUAAAUGAGCUUAGUGGAAGCUGAGGCUGCAGCUGAAGAAAUCGCCAUUGUAGUAAAGUUGAGCUAAAGCUAACCCAAGUUUUCUUCUUCUUCCUCUUGUUAGCUUAAGGGAGAGAGAGAUUGAGCAAUGGUGGGAUUUUGGGGGAGGAAGGAGAAGGAGAUAGGGAUAUGGAUUGGAGUGAAAUGAGUUUAGAGUGUGAAGUGUU